AUGCCCAGGCUUUCCCAAGACAACCAAAGGGGCCACCAGAAACAUUUCUCCAGACCAUCGAGGCGGAUAAGAUUUCUGCCUCCACCAAGGUCUGAGGCAUAUAAUGUGAACGUUCACCAAACCGUGGAAAAUGAAGGAUGUGCCACAGCCACGCACAAUGUCAAGGUAAGACCAUCUCCCCAGUCCCUCCCGGGUUCGCCCGCUGCCCCGACGCUGCUCAGCCUCCUCUCCAGCACGCUCUCCGGCCUCGCGCUCUUUUUCGCUCUCCUCCUUCGGCGACCCCCUCCCGAGGCUCCCCUGCGGCGCCGGGACUUCUCCGCCCUGAUCCCCGCCCUGCCAGACGCCGGGUUCUCGCCCGGGCACGAGGAGCGGCCGGGACUCCUCUCGCUCCUGCUCAGGGCAGCUCUGGUACUACCUGGCCGACCCCCAGGGGGACGCCUGCCCCGGGAAGUGGACGCCAGCGUCGGGCAGAGCUCGCCCAUACCCCCGAUGGGGUCAGAAUGGAUGGAGAUGCGGAAGCGGCCGGUGUGCGCAGCCCAGGAGCCUGCAGCCUGCGCCCCCGGCCAGCCCGGAGUGGAGAACCAGGGGUCCAACGCUUGCUGCUUCUGCUGGUGCUGCUGCUGCAGCUGUUCCUGUCUCACUGUAAGAAACCAGGAGGAACAGAGACUUAGAAGGACUUCCUAUGAAGUCAGAACCGAAGACCUUCCCAACUGUGAAGAAAGCCCGGGUCCCACGCUGGAGGAGGCCAGCGCCUGGGCUCAGUCCUUUGACAAGCUCAUGCUCACGCCUGCGGGCAGGAACGCCUUCCGGGAGUUUCUGCGGACCGAGUUCAGCGAGGAGAACAUGCUCUUCUGGAUGGCGUGCGAGGAGCUGAAGAAAGAAGUGAAUAAAGCCAUGAUUGAAGAGAAAGCGAGGGUCAUAUAUGAAGACUACAUUUCUAUUCUCUCUCCUAAGGAGGUCAGCCUGGACUCACGCGUGCGGGAGGCCAUCAACAGGAGCAUGGCCGAGCCCUCCCAGAACAUCUUUGAUGAUGCCCAGCUGCAGAUCUACACGCUGAUGCACAGGGACUCAUACCCCCGCUUCAUGAACUCCGCUCUCUACAAAGACCUGCUCCGCUCUUUAUCCGAGAAAGCAGUGGAAGCCUAG